AUGCUAUUGUAUCAUUUAAUAAAAAAACUUUCUAUCUAUUCAUCAUUACUUAAUUCUUCUUGUUCUUCAAAUCCUACCGCUGUUAAUCCAAUUCAAAAUUUUAUUCUUUUAAAUAAAACAAAAAGAUUUUGUGAAGCAAAUGAAAUGUGUGCCAAUCAUGGGAGAAAUAAUAAUCAAAUUAUAAAUCUUAUUGGUCAAAAUUAUAAUUUAGCUAUAGAAUGUUUUAAAAAUAAAACAUUUUGGACUAGAAUUAAUCAAAUGAAUUAUCUACAGUUAAAUAAUCCUAAUUAUACGCAUUUGUGGAUAGAUGGUCCAUCUGAACCAUAUUUAAUUCCUAAUUUAGAAUCACAUUUACCUUAUCGUAUAAAGCGUGUACAUAAUGAUGGGUAUGAUGAAAAAUAUAUUGCGUUUUAUAAUCAUUUAGAUGAUAUAUUACAAACUACUUUGCCAAAUAGAACUGAUGAAAUUGAUGUGAUUUGUGAAUUAGAACAAAAUAUAAAUAAAAGUAGAAACAAUGACAAAAAUCAUAAUCAUUUUAUUCAAAUGAAACAAUUUCAUAAGUGUUCAAAUGGAAGUAAAGAAGGAUUAUUUUCUCCAGGGAAAAGUUUUGAUGGCUGUUAUUCAUAUAAUAAUGAGUUAAAUUUUCAAUACUGUGCUUAUAGUUGUGCAAGAGAUGAAUAUUGUCUACGUUUCUACUAUAAUCAUUUAACAAAUGGUUGUAUUCUUACACAAUAUAUCAUAUCUUUAAUUCCAUCUUAUUAUCCGAAUAAUGGAAGUGAAUGGGACUGUUAUUCAUUGAAUAAUGCUAAUUAA